AUGAGGAUGAUUGAGACUGGUAAUCUCCAAGACAAUAUUUGGUUAGAUGAUAUGUACAAGAUUAGACAUAAGUGGUCAACAACUUUUAAUAAGGAUGUAUUUGGAAUGGGAAUUUUAUCGACACAGAGGAGUAAGUCAACUAAUAACAUAUGUCAUGGUGUCUCAAAACCAACUAGUUCUAUUACAAAUUGUUUCUUGGGCAUCGAAAAUGUAAUGAGAACAUGGAGGCAAAAUGAAAAGGACGAGGAUUUCAAAUGUGAUCAAUCUAUGAUUACUCCUGUUGCGAAGAGCAGCCCAAUACUGAGGCAGGCAACUGCAUUUUAUUCAAGGAAGCUGUACACAAUGUUUGAGAAAGAAUUUAUACACGGGUCCUGUGGUCUUCAAUUACAUGCAUCUACAAACAAUGAGAAUGAGUUUUUCAUUAAGAAUUUGGAUGACCACUUGUUCAACACUACUUGGGUUGUUCACUUCAACAGUUCGAGUUUGGAUAUAAAAUGCAGCUGCAGAAAGUUCGAAAUGAACAAUUAA